CAAUGCAUGGGUACUAUUGUCACGCUUGAAUAUGAAGAGUCAACCUGUUGUUAUACUUCUGCCUGUGGAUUCAGUUUUAGAAGAAGUUUCAGAUGAUGAUGCAAGCUCUGAGUCUGGAAUACACUAUGAGCACAAAGAUUUGGACAAACAAUGGCACUGUCCUUGGGACUCCACUGUGGUUGAUGAUGUAGCUCCUGCAUUUAAAACGAUACUGGAGGAGAAUUAUUUAUCAUCUUCAACAUUUCCUCUAGACAAUACAAAGGAGAACAGAUUGCAAUGGUGGACACAAAGAAAGAAGCUUGAUCACCGUCUUGGCAAAUUGCUGAGGGACUUGGAAGAUUUAUGGUUGGGUCCCUGGAGAUACUUGCUUUUGGGGGAAUGUUUGGACUGUGAACGCCUGGAUUUGAUACAUAAGAAGCUGGUGCAUAAUCUGAAAUCUAAAUGUAAAAUGGAUGUAAAUGAGAGCUUUCUUAAAAUUAUUCUUGGGAGUGCCAGAUAUUCCCAUGGAAGAGAACAAUGUUUUUUGCAGCUAUAUUUAAACAAAGGCUGCUAUAUUGGUAAAGUGGGAUUUUAUGAUGAAAAAACAAGGUGUGAGGUAUUCUCUAACCCUUGUGAUAGAGUUGAAAAGAAAUCUGCAUUGGCCAACCAGCUCAUAUCUGGAGCAGCAGAAGAGCUUGAAGAGGAAGAAAGUGUAAAUAGGGAACCUAUAAUUCUGGUGCUAGAUUGUGAGGUGCAGAUGCUUCCAUGGGAGAACAUACCAGUGCUACGAACAUAGGAGGUUUAUCGCAUGCCUUCAAUAGGCAGCAUCUCUGCCAUACUUGACAGAAGCCGCCACCAUCAAGAGCAGGCUGGAAUGAAUGCUGCUGCCUUUCCGUUGAUUGAUCCCUUGGAUGCAUUUUAUUUGUUGAAUCCUAGUGGUGAUCUCAGCAGCUCACAAGCUGCAUUUGAAAAAUGGUUUAGAG